AUGAAAGCAAAGGACAUAAUUUGUGAUUCCAAAAAGGAAACAAAGCCAGUAUUUCCAUAUGGGGUGGAUACAGCACUACCGGUUGCAGGAACUUUUAAGGCAGAUAUUAAAGCUGGUGAGAUGACACUGAAUGAGGUGGAAUUCAUUGUCGUUAAGAGGGAUGGUCCUUCUCUUCUUGGUAGAAAGACAUCACAGAAACUAGGAGUUUUGAAACUGGGAAACAGUGUUAACUCACUACAUACAACUAUAGACUUUGUGAAAGCCUUUCCAGAGUGUUUUGAAGGUUUUGGCAAAUUGAAAGAUUACCAGUUGAACAUUCCUAUAGAUAGCUCAGUGCAACCAGUAAUACAGAAUCUAAGAAGUGUACCCUAUCACUUGAGAGAAAGAUUGAGCCAGAAAUUAGAGGAACUUGAGAAACUGGACAUUAUAGAGAAAGUUGAUGAACUAAGCAAAUGGGUUUCACCCAUAGUGAUUGUUCCAAGCCCGGAAAGAUAUACGGGUGUGUGUGGACAUGAGAGUGGCUAA